AUGGCCCACUUCAUCACCACUCAUGGUGCCGACGGAAAGACGGUCUUCUCCAACAAGACCGCAACAAAGCAAAACGAAUUUCCCAUCCCUUUGGGCAGCAUGACGAUCCUCUACUCGACUCACAAAUUCCCAGAGAGCCUCAACAAGGAGCAAGAUCUCGAGCAGUACACCCGCGAUCGCGAAGCCGGAUUUGGACCAGGUGUUGCUUGUCCACCGGGCGGAACAUGUGGCUCUAUUCUUCGCCUGGCGCCGGGGUUGAAGAGUCCGAUGCGCAAGUUGGCGACCAUUGGCGUGUUUUAUGUGCUGGAGGGCGAGGUUACCUUGCAUCUCGAUGGCGGCGAGACGAAGGUGUUUCGCACGGGCGAUAGUGGUGUUUUGAGGGGCGCGAUGCAUAGCUGGCAAAACACGACGAAGGAGUCGGCGAGGCUGAUCAGCUUCUCGCAGAGUAUUGCUGAUGUGUAG